CAGCAGAAGGUGGUUUAACUGGGGUCAGGGAGGCCUCUCUUGCUUCCUGACCCCUUCCCCUUUGAGAGGAGGGAGAAGGGGACCAUUGGACUUUCUCAGCCCUCCACUCCCCCUCUUCUGGGGACCCUCAGGUGUGGUUGCACCAUGUCCAGGCCAGGCCCAGGGGCGCUGAUCUCCAUCAAUGGUCUGGGUUUCCCACCCCAAAACCUGGCCAGGGUGGUGGUAUGGGAAUGGCUGAACGAAUACAGCCGCUGGCGUCCCUACACGGCCACGGUGUGCCACCACAUCGAGAAUGUGCUCAAGGAGGACGCCAGGGGCAGCGUGGUCCUCGGACAGGUGGACGCCCAGCUGGUGCCCUACAUCAUCGACCUGCAGUCCAUGCACCAGUUUCGCCAGGACACAGGGACGAUGCGGCCGGUGAGAAGGAACUUUUACGACCCGUCCUCUGCGCCGGGCAAGGGCAUCGUAUGGGAGUGGGAGAACGACGGGGGCUCCUGGACGCCAUAUGACAUGGACAUCUGCAUCACCAUCCAGAAUGCCUACGAAAAGCAGCAUCCGUGGCUGGACCUCUCCUCGCUAGGCUUUGGCUACGUGAUUUAUUUCAACAGCAUGUCUCAGAUGAACCGGCAGACCCAGCGGAAAAGGCGCGUGAGACGGCGGAUGGACCUGGCCUACCCGCUGACCAUCGGCUCCAUCCCUAAGUCCCAGUCCUGGCCGGUGGGCGCCAACUCGGGCCAGCCGUGUUCCUGCCAGCAGUGCCUGCUAGUCAACAGUACCCGAGCUGCUUCGAACGCCAUCCUUGCCUCUCAGAGGAGGAAGAUGUACCAGUCCUCAGGCACCGGCACAGGGACGGGCACCUUGCCCGUGCGCCAGAGUAACACCUUCAAUGGGACCGGGACGACACUGUGGACUGGGGGCAACGGCCCCGCCGGAGGGGCGGCCAAGGGGGAGCCUGGGCGGUCGCCCAGUGGGGCUCCGGGGGGCAACUUUUCCCGGAGCCAGAGUGCCCCUGGCGGUGCCCAGCUCCCCAGACAAAACAAUCUGAACCGGCCUGGGACUCAACGUGUGGCAGUCCUGAGCACCAGGGCAUCGAUCCCACCUGGGGUCCCAGCACUUCCUGUGAAGAAUCUGAAUGGCACAGGACCUGUGCACCCAGCCUUGGCAGGGAUGACGGGAAUCCUGAUGUGUGCAGCAGGGCUGCCGGUCUGCCUGACCCGGGCUCCCAAACCCAUCCUACACCCACCUCCCAUUAAUAAGAGUGACAUCAAACCUGUGCCCGGGAUCCCAGGCAUCUGUCGGAAAACCAAGAAGAAACAUCUGAAAAAGAGUAAGAAUCCUGAGGAUGUGGUUCGAAGAUACAUGCAGAAGGUGAAGAAUCCACCUGAUGAGGAUUGCACCAUCUGCAUGGAGCGAUUGGUCACUGCAUCGGGCUACGAGGGCGUUCUCCGCCACAAGGGCGUGAGACCAGAGCUUGUGGGCAAGCUGGGCAAGUGUGGGCACAUGUACCACCUCCUGUGCCUGGUGGCCAUGUACAACAAUGGUAACAAGCAGGAUGGCAGCCUCCAGUGCCCCACCUGUAAGGCCAUUUAUGGGGAGAAAACAGGAACUCAACCCCCGGGGAAGAUGGAAUUCCACCUCAUCCCCCAUUCACUCCCUGGCUACACGGACACCCAGACUAUCCGAAUCGUCUAUGACAUCCCCACUGGGAUCCAGGGUCCUGAGCACCCCAAUCCUGGCAAGAAGUUCACGGCGAGAGGCUUUCCCCGGCACUGCUAUCUGCCUGACAACGAAAAGGGCCGCAAGGUGCUCCGACUGCUCAUCAUGGCCUGGGACCGGAGACUGAUCUUCACCAUUGGCACGUCCAACACAACGGGUGAAUCGGACACCGUGGUCUGGAACGAGAUCCACCACAAGACGGAGUUCGGCUCCAACCUCACUGGGCACGGCUACCCAGACCCCAACUACCUAGACAACGUCUUGGCAGAGCUCACAGCCCAAGGGGUCUUGGAGCCAUCCUCAAAGGACUGAGACCUGGGACCCUCCUCCAGGCUGUCCAUACUCCUUGCUCUAAUGGACAUCUCACUCUUCUAUCCCUUUACCCUCUAUCCCCCUGCCCCCCCCACACACACACACCUCCUCCAACAGCAGGCUGCCAGGACCUCUCCUACUUGGGAAGGUGGAAAUCAUUCCUAGCAGGGUCUUUUCUGGGGACAAAUAUUUAGAUCUUCCCUCUUUCUAUGACAGCAAGUAAGAUUGACAAGCAAACAUGCUUUCUUGGGAGGGAGAAAAGAUACACACGCCCAAAAUAACCCUCCAAGAAAAAACCCUGGACCCCUGAAUGAAAUAAUACUUUCCA